AUGUCCAUGUACACCAUCAACGUUGGCGUUUCGUCGGUUCUCAAGCCAGUCGUCGUCAUUGCGGCCAAGCAGCACGCGAGCCUGCAGCAGUCCUUGGCCGGCGAUGACCUCGUCACCAGCCCGGCGGCAGGCAACAUGCCGCCAGCCCCCUCCUCGCCGCUGUGCUAUCUGGCCCAACCUCGGCAGAAUGUGUUGCUUCAGAUUGCCAUCCAGGGCGUCGACGCGCAGUUCCAGGGACAGGCUGUUACGUGCAGCCUUGCUCCCAAGAGCGGGUGGGGUGGCACCUGGGCGCCGCCCAUUGCCCCGUCGCCACCGGCAACCGUUGCGGAUUACUUUCCCUUUUCCCUGCCUGCCCAGAGCGUGCCGUUCGGGUACAGCGGACUGUAUACCGUGACGCUCACCCCCACCAACGGCGGACCGCCGGUCGAGCUGCCGCAGCUGCUGGCCCUCGAGCUGUACGUCCUGCCCGUGGCCAAGCUGGCCAACAUCUUUGACGUCGGCAUCCCCCUGCUGCUUCUCCGCAUGUUUGUGCUGGCGGCAACGUGCCAGAAGCUCAGCACGCCUGACGACUGGGUCUCGAUGGUCGCGCGCAUCGCCCACGGCUCGGCGCAGCCCUUCACGGGGCAUGCGUGCAAGACCAACGAGCACUGGCUCAAGUACGAGACUGUUGGCGGGAACCCCAGCUUCGCCGGCGAGUACGGCAGCGGCGGGUUCAACCUGCCGGCUUGGCUGGACUCGUGGCGCGUCUGGAACCAGUACAAGAAGCUGACGACGGUCAACUGCUUCGACCAGGGGGCCAUCGCGCAGACUGCCCUGUCGCUGGGCGUGCCCUACGAGGAGCUUUCCUGGGAGCACCACCAGGUCUACGGGUUCAUCCCCAAGACACCGGAAAUGAUUGCGCAGACGGAGCUGGUGGGCUGGGGCCCCUGCAACAACCCCUUCUUCGAAUACAAGACGUCGGACAUGGUGCUGCCAGACUACGCCUCUCCGGACCGGCAGCCGUUCCGCAACCACGUGUGGAUCUCGUGGUCCCGCGGCAAGGCCCUGAGCGAGGAGCUGAGGGCCGAGUUCAACCAGCUCGUUCGCGGAGACGGCAACUACCCUUCGCAGGCGGCCGCGUUUGAGAAGGACCACGGCUUGACCAUGCUGAUGAUUGACUCGUGCGCCGGGCCGCACACGGGCACCGAAUCUCGCGCAGAGUACGAAGCCACCAAGCUGCUCGUGUCGACCCCCUUUGCCGACAACUUCUCCAGCUACGUCAAGAGCAACACCAAGAGCAGCCCGGGGCGCUGGGCCGAGGCGCACAGCAUCGGACCCGGCGUCACGCAGCACUCGGGCGGCACCCCGCCCGUCGAACACACCCACUUCCUGCCCCCGGGAACGGAAUCCGCCUUCUCCAGCAUGAUCCAGGACAUCAAGGACCAAGACCUGCCCAGCUACCGGCCGCAGGACCCGAGCCAGCUCUUCACCGGCGACCUCGACCUGGUGAGCAAGAGGUUCCAGGCGCUGGUCCAGAACAGCCUCGGCGGCUACGGGUGCGCGCUGACGGGCCCCGUGCCCAUCCGGCCCUACGAGGCCAGCGACGGGAGCAGCGCGUCCGAGUACAAGUUUGGCUACACGACGACGCGGAACCCCGACGACCGGGACGGGCUGCGGUUCGUGUCGCUCCAGUUUUACGUGUACAAGAGCGGGCAGCUGGCCACGGACGGGCUGGCCACGCGGCUGGCCCUGCUGAGCCUGACGUCGGCCAACGCGCAGCGGCUGGGGCCGGAGACGACGUCGGGGACGUACGUGUCGGCGUUUGCCAACAUGCGGGCGUUUACGCUCUACAACGUGGCGGUGCGGAUGUCGGGGCCCUUGUUCUUUGCCGAUUUCGGCAGCGCGGCGGCGACGCAGGUUGCCAUCGACUUGGCUCAAGAUAUGAGGGGAGGGAACUACUAA